AUGGCUAAUGAGCCUAGCCAAAAUGUGCUUCCCCAGACGUGUUACGCUGCUGUAGAGCCUCAAUUAGAGGUUCAAAUCAAUUAUGAUGUAAAUUUGCUUCCAAGUACAAGCAAUAUUAAUGAAACUGGUGAAAACCAGGGCACAAAUGAUGAUUUUUCAGAAAUCUUGGGCGAAGAUCCGUCUACUUCUGUUGCAUAUGGCCCAGAUAUCCACAAAGAUGUAGCUUCUAGAUUCACCUACAUAGCCACUAAAGGGCUAGAUAAAGAAGCACGAAAAAAUCUAGUAGAAAAGUUUCAAAUACCCAAUAAUUCUAAAUUCAUAGCUGCACCAAAGCUUAAUGCUGAACUAAAGGCUGCCAUAAUCGACACGGCUGUAAAACGUGACAAGUCUAUUGAAAUCAAACAAUGCGAGAUAGCAGCAGCUAUCUCUUCGCUGGGGACUAUUAUCUCUAAUGAAAUCAAGUCGGGCUCGGAUAAAGAGCUUAUUCAAAGUCUGAUGGACAUGGGUCGACUACUAUGUGAUAUUCAAUAUAACCAGUCCAUAUGCAGAAGAAGCCUUAUUUUAGGUCAUGCAGCAGACGGGCCAAACGCCACGCCAACAACAGCCUGCUGCGGCACGGACCAGACCUGUGACACCGAGAAGGAACGGUCAACCUUACUCGAGGUCAUCCAAACAAAACCGCCGUCAGUAGACGAGUUAGAGAGGUGUAAAUAUCUUAAUUUAAUGGAAAAUAAUGAUUAUAAUGAGUACAUGACAUUACCUAGUUCACUUUUGCCGGAUUUGAAUUGGUGGCUUAGCUCCAUAAUGUAUUCAAAUAACAGUAUCAAAGAUGACAAUAACUAUUGUCUAGAAAUAUUCUCUGACGCCUCAACUACGGGGUGGGGUGCCAGCUGUGGAGACCAAAGGGCUAGCGGCAGAUGGUCACAAGAGGAAAUUCACUUUCAUAUAAAUCAAUUGGAACUUCUUGCAGCAUAUUUUGCCCUAAAGAUAUUCUCAAAAAAUUACAGUAACUGUAAUAUUUUAAUGAGGGUUGAUAAUACAACAGCUAUUAGUUACAUCAAUCGUAUGGGAGGUAUACAAUAUCCUCAUCUUUCAAAGGUAGCAAGGGACAUUUGGCAGUGGUGUGAACCAUCGGAACAUCCACAGAAACAUUACCCUGGUUGCAGGGAUUUUGUCAGGACAGCGUUGUUACAACGAGAAAUCCCAAGUGCUUCAGCUGAUAUAAUUUUAGCUUCUAUAUCGGAAAGUACCUUAAAACAAUAUGAUGUAUGCUACAAAAAAUGGUAUGAUUUUUGUGUUACUAAUAUGAUAAAUAUGUUUGAACCUUCAGUUCCUAUGAUUAUACAAUUUCUUACCAAGAUUUUUGUAGAUGGUGCCCAAUAUGGGACUAUCAAUUCAUAUAGAUCUGCUCUUUCUUUUAUCAUUAAAAAAUUACCUGAUGAUGAUAGGAUUUCCAGGUUUUGUAAGGGUGUGUUUAAAUUAAGACCGUCAUUACCACGUUAUAACUUUACUUGGGAUGCAGGUGUCACAAUUAACUAUUUAGCAACAUUAUUUCCAAAUGAAAAUUUGACACUUGAACAGUUAACUAAGAAGUGUGUUACUCUGUUGGCCCUAGUCACUGCACACAGAGUGCAAACAUUGUCGAAAAUUAAAUUAAAUGAAAUAGUCUAUUGUAAUGAUAAAAUAAUGAUUAAAAUCUGUGAUUUAAUCAAAACUUCAAGACCAGGUAUGAAACAACCAUUAUUAUACCUACCUUAUUAUUGUGAACGUCCUGAGAUUUGUCCUGCUAGUACAUUAAGAGCUUACAUAGACAGGUCUAAAGAUAUUAUAAGACCAGAAAAUUAUCUUUUUGUCAGCUUUAGAAAACCAUAUAAAAAUGUAUCUCCUCAGACGCUCUCUCGUUGGAUUAAAAUUACAUUACAGGAUAGUGGGAUUGACGUUUCCAUAUUUAAGUCUCACAGUACAAGACAUGCAGCAACUUCUAUGGCCAAGAAAAUGGGCAUUAAUAUAGAUAAUAUCAGACAAGCUGCUGGAUGGAGCGGCAAUUCCUCUACCUUUGCUAGGUUCUAUGAUAGACCUAUUAUUGACAAAGACAACCUGGCUUUGGCAAAUACGCUGUGUUCCUUAUAA